CCGGCGGGGAUGGUCUCGCCCGUUCUUUCCUUCCUGUGUACCGGUUGGGCGGCGGCCGCUCGCUGUCCGGAAGCGCCGCAGCCGCCGCUUCGCAUCGCCACGCUCUGACCCGGACCUCGUGCCGUCAUCGCCAGAGCCAACAGCCAACAUGUCCAGCAAAAGGGCAAAGACGAAGACCACCAAGAAGCGCCCUCAGCGCGCCACCUCCAAUGUAUUUGCCAUGUUUGAUCAGUCCCAGAUUCAGGAAUUCAAGGAAGCCUUCAACAUGAUUGAUCAGAACAGGGAUGGCUUCAUUGACAAGGAGGACCUGCACGACAUGCUUGCCUCCCUCGGAAAGAACCCAACAGAUGAAUACCUGGAUGCCAUGAUGAACGAGGCUCCAGGCCCCAUCAACUUCACAAUGUUCCUCACAAUGUUUGGUGAGAAGCUCAACGGCACUGAUCCAGAAGAUGUCAUCAGGAAUGCUUUUGCUUGCUUUGACGAAGAAGCAACAGGGUUCAUUCAAGAAGACUACCUGCGGGAGCUGCUGACCACGAUGGGAGACAGGUUCACAGAUGAAGAGGUAGAUGAGCUCUACAGAGAGGCACCAAUUGACAAAAAGGGCAAUUUCAACUACAUUGAAUUUACACGCAUCCUUAAACAUGGAGCAAAAGACAAGGAUGACUGAGCAAAUCCCUGGACAUCUGCAGAUUCUCUCUAUACUUACGUUUAUUUUUGAGGGGGUUUUCCUGGUAGAACUUGUUGCAUGCAUUUAGCUUUACAACUUUUGCCUUUCUUAAUGUAUUUAUCUAUUCCAGGCCAUUUAGGUUCAACUGCACCUAUAUAAUCAGACUGGAAGUGGGGAAAAUAUUGUAAGGAGAAGGAGAUAGGGGCAAAGAUCAGUGAACUUUUAAGUCCAGGAAAAUAAUCUCAAUGUUUCUGGUUUAGCUGGAUUUUUACAUUUUUUGUAAUAAAUGCCAUUUUGAAAUAAAGAUUGCUAUAUAGAUUAAAAAACAACAAAAAAAAACCCCACCUCAUUCUUUUGUCAAGAGAGAAAUUUCUGUUAUGCAUUUACAAAUGCAAGUGUGUUAAUCAUAUUUUAUUUGCAGUUGCAAAUCGAGCUGGAAAACCUGACAGCUUUGCUGUCGUUGCAUAGUUAUGAGAUGUGUGCAGCAGUAUAUAUGCUGAUAUUUGAAAAUUCAGCUGUUUAAAUGUUAUCUCAGGUUUUCAUAGUGGAUCUGACUGAUGUGAGUAGUUAAUCAAAGAUGUGUUUAGGGAAGACUAUUACAAUUGCCAGCAGAGAGCACUUGGGAUUCCUAGGAUCCUAUUCCUUAGGAUUCCUAGGAAAUCAAUGAGGCAGUGCCUGUGCUGGCAGUAGUAAACAGCAGUGCUUGUCCAGAAAACCUACGUAAAGCCUUAUUGUUCCGCACAUUAAUGCCUUUGAGAAUGACAGUGCUGAGAAUUAACUUGGCAAAACCAUAUCCAAGAUAAAGCCCUUUCACUUCUUAAAUGAUCAUAAAUUUUCUUCAUUUACCCUGAUACUGAUAAAAUGGCUUUCAGGCAAGCAAGAUUCAUUCAAACAGAAACAGCUGACUUCAAUACCAAGAAAACAGAGUUCAUUCUCUCAGGUCUCCAGAUGACCACAUCCUUUCAUUUGUCUCUUUUUUUCCUGGCAACUUCAAGCUAAAAGGUGGAAGGGGAAUUUAUCUUGCCAACAUAUUUACCAAUUGAAGUUAAGAUCUCUUAUCAAAGAAACUAUUCCCUGAACUGUUUCACAUUAUUUAAGUGACCCAAAAGAAUAGGAACUUUAGCUUAGGGGCUUGUAAAGGCUGGGCCAGCAUGAAAUGCCCCAGAGUGCAAAUGUUUGUCCAGUUUCCCUUGUGGUAUGGAAGGCUUGCCUUCUGCUCUGGUUUGCAUUGGGAUGGUGGCAGUUCUUGAAAAUGCUCUGGCUCUGUUAGUAUUCCUAACUAAAUAAGUCAGUAUUACAAAGUACGUUCAGUGAAAAUACUUUGAUGUUCAUUCCUGGGUGGUUUCUUCCGCUUCUGUGCUUAAUUAUAAUUGGUUUGUAACUACUGCUUUCCUAUUUCCAUUUUAUCUACCUGUCACUUUGCCUCAGUUUGUUUCUUCCUCCUACCCAGACCAUGUGCUUCACUAUACUACCUUAGAGUGCCACAGCUGCUCUUUUCCUCAAAAGAUUGUCUUUAUACUAUUUCCUUCCUCUUGAGUAUGGUUGCUAUGGUGUUUCUCCGUGGAAUGCCUGAAUGAGUCUACCAAAACUGACUUAUUUUCAGUUUUCUUUUAUUCAGAGGCAGUUUUGUGUCAAAAUUUUCACCCGCAGUGCUCCUGUCACAGAGGAAGUGUUGAGAUGAAGGAAACAUUGUAUUGUUGAAAUGUUGCUAUAUAAUAUUAAACUGAGGAGCAGUUAGGCUGUCA